AAAAUUUCAACAGCCGAAAGAGUUAGUCGGUUUUUUUGUGGCACAUUAUAAUCAACUGGGUUUAUUUAAUUUUUUCUUCUCUAUUUGGUUUUUCUGCCAUCUCACAACUCUCGCGCUCUUCUCUAGCAUAAGUGCUCAUCUUAAUUGUGCCAACAACAAAAUAAAGCAAAAUUUAUAUAAAAAAAUGCUUCCGCUAAGCAGUCAGUUGUUGGCGAUACAUCAGUGUAACAAGUACUUGCUCAGUAAAGGCAGAGCAGCAGCAAGUGCAAUUUUAGCAACAAUAAUAACAAAAAGAAGCGUAAAGAAGAAUAUUAAACAAAACGAAGAUAUACAAAGGAACAACAAAAAUUCAACUUUCUUGUCCUUGACAUCUUACUACGCACACUUCCCACUACUAAAACAACAGCAACAACAACAACAAACCACAUUCACCUAUCCACUAACCACAAUUUCUAAUAUACGCACAGCAGUAACAACAGCAAAAGCAGCAGAAAUGUCAAAUAAAAGUGAUAUUGAUAUACGUAACUAUUAUAAUGUCGCUUUAGAAUUGGUAAUGAAAUGUGGUCCUAUGAUACGUGAGGGUUAUAGUAAUGCCGAUGCGGUUUAUAAACAAAAAGCAGCAUUCUUUGAUUUAGUUACCAAAUAUGAUAAGGAAAUUGAAGAUAUACUCGUUGAGGGCUUGCAUAAAGCUUUUCCCGAAUCGAAAUUUAUCGGUGAAGAAGCUGUAGCGGAGAGUGGUAAAGUGCCUGAGUUGACGGAUGCGCCAACAUGGAUAAUUGAUCCAAUUGAUGGUACCACAAAUUUUAUACAUCGCAUACCACAUUGGUGUAUAUCGGUAGGUUUGGCAAUCAAUAAAGAGUUAGUAGCGGGUAUUGUUUACAAUCCCAUAGCAAAUGAAAUGUAUUCGGCAUGGAAGGGUCAUGGCGCUUAUUUGAAUGGUCAGCGUAUACAUGUGAGGAAAUGUACCGAAAUGAACGAUGCCGUUUUGGCUUACGAAAUUUCACUCAUACACGCAGCUGCAGUACGUGAUAAGAAUGUUAAACGCAUCUCAAAACUCGCCGCAAAUAGCACUGGCACACGUUGUAUGGGUAGUGGCGCAUUGACACUCUGUUACGUAGCUCGCGGCAGCUUUGAUUGUUAUCAUGUUGAAGAUCUGCAAGCUUGGGAUAUAGCCGGUGGCGCAGUUAUACUACGUGAAGCUGGUGGUGUGCUUUAUCAUACUACAGGCGGUGAAUUUCAUAUUAUGAAGCCCGAUUUGAUUGCUGCAGCUACACCGGAAUUGGCUAAGACUAUGGUCGGUUUGAUUAAGGAAGCUGAUGCAAUGACUGACUUUACAUUUAAAUAAUUUUGCAGUGAAGCAAAUAUAUAAACACACCUUGUGUGCCCAAAUAUUAUACUCCAUAUAUAUAUGUAAAUAUUAAAUAUAACAAAUUUUAAAUACUUA